AUGAGGGUGCACCCUGAGAGCUGGGUUCCAUGGGCAGAUUUUAACUAUGCCACCCUCACUCAAGUAUUUCAUGAAGAACUGAAGUCAACAUAUACCGGUUCAAAGGACCCUAAACCACUGAUCUUGGACGUUACGGUGCACAACGAGGAGACUCUUGACGACUAUUUGCGAAGGUUUAUGAUACCGACUGUCAACUACGCCCUAGCCGGCCAAGCCGGACAGGCUCAUUUCGGUCGUGGGUCCCGCUGUGGUGGCAACUAUAUCCCUGACUGGUCUGUUGUAUCCGAUAAACAUCUCCACGAAGAAUUAGGAGCAUACGUCAAUCUUCUUCCAGGAGACACCAAGCUUAGUGCAAAAUGGGCCCCGGAAAUGCUAAGCAAUGACGAAUACUACGAUGAGUGGGCCAAAGUCGUUUCUCAGGUUCUGACCUACAUGGAUUAUUAUGGGGUCCGAUAUGGCUUCAUUUUGACGGACACUUAUCUGGUACCUCUGAGGCUCACCCGGAGGCCGAUUGGCACUGGCAUCAGUCAGGGACGACCCCAACGAAGUCUGGCUUCUUACACAGCUGGUCACUACAGGCACUCUUCGGACACGAGCAUGACCUCAGGAAUCGCUGCAACGAAUUCGUCAUACUUAGAUGACAACGCAACUGAUUGGGACUACCACGACCCAGAGUAUGCUCUUGUCCCUUGGCAAGCCCACGGGGAGCGCCUGACCGUUAAGUUGGCGUUAUGGUUCCUGGCAAUGAUGGCUGAGCGGGGCGAUAACUACAUCGAUUACUCCUAUCCAGGACUCGACACUUGGCGCAGCCGCGGCCCGGGGGGUUUCAUACACAAUGUGUCCGGCAGGAAGAAGCAAACAUUGAACAGGCGAGACACCCGACAAGAACCCGACCCGCAAGGACCGCAGCGAGAGCAAGCUGCCAGCGACACCAGUGCUGGCGAUAGCCAAGUCGAGUCGCCCGGUCAGUAUGUGCUGCCUAUUCGAGCCUCUGUGCCAGAGGAUGCGAGCCAGGCGGGUUCUUCAUUUCAGGUAAAUCCUGACGUGAGCCUUGAUUCUGCCGAAACCGGAGUCGAAGCCCCCCGUCGUGUAAGGCAUGCCAAGCGCAUCAAAACCACAAUCGGGAGACACAAAUUGUCGAGAGAAUUGUUCUAUAUAGACGCCAGAGGAAACAAGGUCGACACGACGGCUAAUGAGUGGACUAAGACUGAGGGUGGGUACGAGAAAUCGGGCAAGUCUCAUUGCUAUUGGGCCAAAUCUUUCCCCAAGUAG